CCGGCGACGUCACAGUGGGCCGGUUCGAGCCUUCCUUCGUUCGAUUCAGGCAGGCUCCUCUAUUCGUUUUACAUGUAGCAAGCAGGGUUGCGGGGUGCAGUUCAGACAUGGGAAGUGAGCAUUACUGCCUGAGGUGGAACAAUCAUCAGAGCAACUUGCUGGGUGUGUUCAGUCAACUGCUGGAGUCGGAGUCGUUGGUGGACGUGACACUGGCGUGCACGGAGGGACCGUCGAUACGCGCACACAAGGUAGUCCUCUCCGCGUGCUCCAGCUACUUCCAGGCCCUGUUCCUCGACCACCCGAACCGUCACCCCAUCGUUAUCCUAAAGGACGUACGUUUCGCCGAGCUACGUACCCUCGUCGACUUCAUGUACAAAGGCGAGGUAAACGUCGAGUACUGCCAGCUAUCGGCCCUCCUCAAGACAGCGGAGAGCCUCAAGGUUAAGGGUCUAGCGGACAUGACGAACAUCAACGCAGCGGUAGCGUCCAGGGAAGAACAGCAGCAGCAACAGCAGCAGCAGCAGCAGCAACAACAGCAGCAACAGCAACAGCAGCAGCAGCAGCAACAACACACAAGCACCUCCGACACGUCGCGGGAGCAUCAUCGAGAACGAGAGAGUAUAAAAGAAACGAGUGGCAAAGAGAGAGAACGAGAGUCGAACAUCACCACUGGAGUUUCGGUCGGUGCCAAGGAAUGCGAGCAACAGCAGCAACAGCAACAGCAGCAGCAGCAAUCCAGCAGCAUCGUUCAAAGCACCCCCAGCGAAAGCGCGGAGGCGGUGGACAUGACGGAUUGUCCACCGUCGCCCGCGGGGCCCGGUAGCCCGUGCCCGGGACCGCUGGCCCUCGACCGACCCAGGAGGGACUCCGAGGAUGCGGCCAGCCUUGAAGAGACGAGGGCCGGUUCUCUCAGCCCGAUCUCGGUGCACAGCGGACCAUCCGACAUGAGCCUCAGUAACAACACCGGCGGCGGCACUCCCGGUGGCGUGCUGCCGUUGAAUCUGCCGCAGAGCCGGCUUCCGUCCCCGCACAGUACCGAGCCCCUCGCCGGCCCGUCGGGCUUACCCCCGGUCCAGCAAGUUCCGCUAUCCCUGAAAAAAGAAAUGGACUGGGAAAGGUCGACGGAGGAGCGGAGCGCGAGUAGCGAGAUAUCCGCAGACUACAGACUCCCACCAGAUCCGGAGUUGAUGGGUGUGGAUGAGCGGGUGUUUGCGUGCAUGUACUGCGGUGCCUCGUUCCUCCACCAGAGCAAGCUGACGCGGCACAUCCUCUCGCACAGCCUCGAGUCGCUCAAGUACCGCGAGCAGGCGGCCCACCUGCAGCUGCAGGCUCAGCUGGGCCUCGAGCCCGGCAUGCAUCUGCCGCCGGAGGCCCACUACCCCGCCGCGGGUACGAUUGAGCCGAUGGACUUCGAGCUCGCGGCCCACUCGGACCCGACCUCCGGCGUCGUCCUCUGCAAGUUCUGCGGCAAGUCCUUCCCGGACGUCGGCUCGCUGAUCGCUCACCUACCGGCGCAUACCGGCGACCGGCCGUUCAAGUGCGAGUUCUGCGGUAAGGCGUUCAAACUGCGCCAUCAUAUGAAGGACCACUGUCGCGUGCACACCGGUGAACGGCCGUUCCGGUGUACGCUGUGUGGCAAGACCUUCUCGAGGUCGACGAUACUCAAGGCCCAUGAAAAGACACAUUACCCGAAGUAUGUGCGCAAGUUCCUGUCCCCGAGCCCCGUGGACCCCUCAGAGGAAGAGGCCCCGCCGCCGCCACCGCCGCAUCAUUGA